AAUCAAUGACGAAAGUACAAAAGUAAAUCCUCGAAAUACUCCGACCAAAAAUCCAAAAAUAUGUAUUGUUGGUGCUGGAAUCACUGGUUUAUUCUCGGCCCUUCUCUUAAAAAAGGCUGGCAUCGAAGAUAUUACCAUUCUUGAAUAUCAAAAUCGUGUAGGUGGACGUAUCCAUACUCAUUAUUUUACUGAUAACCCUGAUGAUGAAAAACGGUUAUAUGCCGAAGUUGGUGCAAUGAGAUUACCUUAUGUCGAUGGCCAUCCAGAACUCUCCCCACAUCAGUUAGUUUUUGAUACAAUUGAUUAUAUAAAUGAAUAUAAUAAGAAAGAUAAUCCGGAAAGAGAGAUUAAAACUAUCCCUUUCAUAAUCAGUAAUCCAAAGUGA